AUGAAGGCCAUUGUGUCCGGAUGUGGUGAAGGAUUUUGGAAGGGUGGUCUUGCCCUUCUAGACAGUGUCCCAGGAAACCAAGUCCUGGCAGUCCCUCUUGAGAUGCUGGAGGCCCAGGAUUUGGUGUCAUUUGAUACUGUACCGUGGCACGUCAUAGAACAGGAGUGGCUGAAUUUGAGUCUGAGCCUGGAGCAGCAGGCGCUGACAUAUUUCAGGGCUGUGACCUCCGUUGGAGUUCCUGUUGUGAAUCCUGUUUUGGUCUCUCAGCUGUCACAAGGACAAGUUCUGUUGGUAUCAGCUCCAUCCCUCAGCACAGAUCACACUAAGCAUCCUGAAAGCACCUCUGUGACUUCCUACCAGAAGAUGGGUGAAGAAGCCCAGCUGCAAGAGAUGGUGUCUACAAGCUCCCCGAGGGCCAAUGACCCCAACGCUGAGGUCAAACAGAAUGGGGACUCUGGGGGAAGGGGAGGGAGCCCACAAAAUCUGCCCAUAGAACACCAUUUUGCAUGUAAAGAGUGUGGGGACACCUUCCGCCUUAAAGUGCUCCUUGUUCAGCACCAGAGGGUUCACAGUGAGGAAAAGGGCUGGGAGUGUGGCGAUUGCAGGAAGGUCUUCAGGGGGGUGUCAGAAUUUAAUGAGCACAGGAAGAGCCAUGCAGCUGUGGCCACUCAGUCUCUGCCUGGUCCCAGUUGGGCUCUGGAAGAUGCCUUGGAAAAGAGGGAGCAAAUGGAGAGGGAGGCGAAGCCCUUUGAGUGUGAGGAGUGCGGGAAAAGGUUUAAGAAGAAUGCAGGCCUUAGUCAGCACCUGAGGGUGCACAGCAGAGAGAAGCCCUUUGAUUGUGAGGAGUGUGGGCAGUCCUUCAAAGCCAACACCCACCUCUUUCGACAUCAGAAGCUUCACACUUCGGAAAAGCCCUUUGCGUGCAAGGCGUGCAGCAGGGAUUUCCUGGACCGCCAAGAACUUCUCAAGCACCAGCGGAUGCACAUGGGCCACCUGCCCUUCGACUGUGAUGACUGCGGCAAGUCCUUCCGUGCUGUCAACGGCCUGGCAGAACACCAGCGCAUCCACAGCGGGGCCAAACCCUUUGGCUGUCCUCAUUGCGGCAAGAUGUUCCGGAGGAGCUCAGAGCUCACCAAGCACCGGAGGAUCCACACUGGUGAGAAGCCCUAUGAGUGUGGCCAGUGUGGCAAGGCCUUCCGCCAGAGCUCUAGCCUGCUGGAGCAUGCACGCAUCCACAGUGGUGAGCGGCCUUAUGCGUGUGGUGAGUGCAGCAAGGCUUUCCGGGGGCCUUCUGACCUCAUCAAGCAUCGGCGCAUCCACAGUGGACUGAAGCCCUAUGAGUGCGAAAAGUGUGGCAAGGCCUUCCGGAGGAGCUCAGGUCUGAGCCGCCACCGUCGGAUCCACAGUGGGGCCAGGCGCUGUGAGUGCAGUGAGUGUGGCCGCGUGUUCAAGAGGCGCACAGCACUGCUAAAACACCAGCCCUCCCAUCAGGAGUAAACACUGCCCUGGGACCCAGAGCAGGGGUCCGCAGAGUCCAUGACCCAGUCAAAGGAGAUAAACAGUUUUGUAGUGCUUAUCUAUUUUAUUGUGUCAGAGGUUGAAAUGAUUGUACUGCCACCAGCAAUUUAUAAACAUCAAUGUUUCCCAUUACACCUAUUAAGGGUAACUUUUACCAUUUGAACAUAGCUUGGCUACUUUUCCUGGCAGAAAGUACUGUCAAGGUAUUUCAAUCCUCAUAUCCAAAAUGAGAAGAGAAAUCUGCAUAUGGGGUCUCGUAGGAGCUGGGGGGUCCUUUCCAAGCUCCACCUCUAAGGGAAAUACAGCCCUGUUCAAUGGCAUCAAUAUGAUGAUACCUUUCUUUAAGGAAAAAUUGCCCUAAGGUUUUGGCCUACUUGAAUUUACAAAAUUUUAGGGAUGUAAAUAGAACGCUCAAAUGCCAUAAUAUUUAAUUUAUUAAUUUAGUAAUACAUACAUAUUAUAAAUUACAUUAUGUGAAAUAAUAUAUUAAUUUAGAGAAUACUACUUUUUCACCAUACUCCAUUUGUUUCUAACUCUCAAUGUGCAUUUUUUACCUCACCAACAUCAGUCACCUCUAUCUGAGCUAUGGUAGCACUGUGACAAUCCCUGCAUAAGGCUCUCACCAGAAGUUUCCUCCAAAGCCAUAAGAACAUAGUAAUAUAACAUUAGAACCAUUACUUUCCGUGUCUGUUUUAUAUAGUACUGUACCCUACAACAAAACCACUGAAAGUGGUGCUUUUUCAAAUCGCCUUUAAAAAGGCUUUUUUCCCCCUUUUCAAACAUCAUUUCUAGGUCAUACUCCUAGUCAAACUUCUGGGCUAGAGAUAAACAUGAUUUGGCUCUCAUUUUGUUAAGCCAGUUCAAUCCAGUGACCCCUUUGAGCACCUAAAGCAAACGUCAGUUGGGGUUUGUCCUCAUACAGUAUCAUUUUGUUUAAAAAAAAAAGUGAGAGAACAUCCCCAAAUGAGAGGGACAUCUUCAGGACCUAAAGGUGGUUAAGUGACACCUUUACAUUCUUGUAAUAUCCUUAUCUGAUAUCAGACAUAAAUGGUAGUUCUCCAACACUCCAUUUGCAGCUUUGAAGUGGGGAGGAGUCACAAUCCCGACCUCCUAAGGUUGUUGUAAGGAGUGUGCCUUGCCUGCAAGAACACUGCCUGGCAAGGAGGUUUGUAUACUCAGUGAAGGUCACUUGUUGGCAUCCCACAGCUCAUUAGUACCAGAAACAGGGAUGGACCCAUCAGGCCUCCUGACUGCUUAGUCUCAUCUUUUAUGUAAUGACUUCAAUAGUAUUUCUUCUCUUUUCUUGCAUGCAAAUUAUUUGUUCAUCUCCUUUGACUAGUUAUUAAGUUAUCUUCGGCUAUAUUGACUUCAUUUAGUAGUUCUUUCUAUAUCAAUUGUGCUGUUAUUUUCCAAUUUUUAUUGCUUUGUUUUUUAAUAUUUUUAUUAGAUUUUGUUGUGCAGGCUUUAGGUUUGUACAUAUCCUUGAAUUCUUUCUUUCUCUGUUAACUUGUGACUUUCAUUGCUUCAGUACUUAAAUAUGAUGACAUUUUCUUUGAGGAUUUACUCACAAAAGAAAAGUUAAAUCCCCUGCCUGCCAAGAAAGUGAACAUACAAGAUGGGCAGGUUGGAUUGGGAGUGGGCCAGAGAAGCAGGCCCAAACCUCAUCUAAGAUACAGACUCUGUAAAUCUCUAUGGGCAACACUUGACUGUACAAACUGGUCACUGGGGCGCUCUAGAGACAUGUCUGUCACAUAUUGCUCAGAGCACUCUAUGACUGCUCAGUAGAGCCCCACCCACCAGCAACAGGGCUCAGCCUCACCUAGACCAACAGAAUGGUCCAAAUGUGAUCUGGCAACAGCCAGCCACCCUUCAAGCUAUCAGGAACCUUGACUAUUUUUGAUUGAGUGACUGAACAGCAGCUCCACCUAAGAAACCUCUCAGACACAGAAGAUUCAUCUGACUGGUGAUUCGUGACCUCCAUUCUCCUCCCAGCAAGUGACUCUGGAAUGAGAGAAAAAUAAGUUUUGUGGCUUAUGCUUUGGGCAACUAGAAUGAAAAAUUUGCCUGUGUUCUGGCAUCACUACCUACAGCCACAUCUAAGAGGGAUGACAGCAUAGGCCUGGAGAGAAAUGGAGCUGUAUUCCUCCAGUAACCUGCAUGCCAGGCCACAGAAACUGAAUGUACCAGGUCUGGUCCAGGGCUUGGAGUAACCAUAUCCAAGGGAGCAAUAAAGCAAGAUCAGAGGGCAGGAAGCCACCCGACAGUCUGUGUGGCACAGAAAUUGAAACUGAUCACCCUGCAGUGGGGCUGUUGCUUCAGAAAAAACAGCAGGUGAGGAAGAUGGCCACACCAUGGCUGUCGCCUGGGUUUCUAGUUGUGCUCUGAGGGAUGUUGGAGGAUCAGAAAAUGUGUCCUUAUGGCACCUUGUGAGGAAGGUUGGGCUCUCUGUGACACAUAGCCUAAAAUGGCUUCCAGCCCCAUCCUGGAAAGCAAUGUCUGACUGACAAUGACAUGUAUGAUCAUGGUCUUAGGGCCUCUCUAAUGUCCCCUGCCCCAGGACACCAAAGUGGCCCUGUAGGCUUUCUCCAUGCUGGAGAGAAGCAAACAACAGUUGCUACACAGCAACUCCUAUCAUUCUGUGGGCUCAGUUCUGGUAGUUUCUUGUGAACUGGUGUGAGCCCACAUCUUUAUAAUUAAUUUUCUCAUUGUGAAUUGUUAGGACAUGUUUUAUAUAGCUGUCAUUGAGUAAGGAAUGUUGACGUCUACAAGGAAGAAAAUCUGGUACCUUUACCUUGACGAGAUGCCAUUUCUUGCUCAUUCUCUCAUCAUUUAUUAUGGUUGACAAAAAAAUACUAUUGAAUAUCUAGAAUAACACUAACUCGGAAGGUAGCAAAGUGGUCACUGUCCAGCUAGGGCAUGGCAUUUCUUCACAUUCCAUCCUGUCCCCUUACUUUUUUCUAGUUUGGGUUCUGUAAUUUUUUUUUCUCUUGAACAAGUCCUUUUUUUAGGGUUAACACUAAAAAUCACUGUCUUUUCCAUGACUGUUGUUGGAUCAGCUUUUAAAUGGUAUUUAGUGGUGAAAUCUCCACUCUGUCCAAACGCAGUCAGUGUAUGGCUUUAAUAUGUGGCCCAUAGUUGCAUUCCUUGCCUUGGGUAAUGCGGGGGUGGAUUUCCUUGGAUCCUUUAGGUGUACUGCUAUGUCCAAUGCAAACAUGAACAAGCUUCUUGCAGUGUGUGCAUUCAUGUAUCUACCUCAUUGCUCUUUUCUUUAACCACAUAUACUCUUCUUGCAAGGGAAUAGAGACUAGCCAGAUUACAUAGGAUUCUAACUCUCUAUAGAGAUCCAUCUCUUGACUAUAUUAAAAAAGAAAUCCUCUGUGGCUUUUAUUAGUUUCUGAAUACUUGCUGAAAUUUUUUAAAAAGCAAAUGUUUACCAAUUUGCUGCUUAUUAUGAUUAACUAUAUCAAUUCAUUGUAUCAUACCUACUCUUGAAUUUAAAGAGUAAUCCCCACCAGAUCACAGUGUGGGCAUCUUUCUCCCAUGAAGUUGCAUUCUGUGUGCUUGAUUUUGUGCUUGAAGUGGCAUGACACCUGCCCUGCCUACAGUCCUGGGCGGCCCUGUUGUGUGCCAUGUGACUUGCCACCCUACUUCUGGACCACAUUAAUUAAACUAACCCAUACACCUGACCCAAAGGCAGCAACCAGCAGUCAGACCUGAUUAGAAAAGAUGGACUUGGCCUUUUAGGACUAUGAAAUGCAAAAGAAGAAACUGAAGCUUCUGGUUGGUAUUGGAGGCAUUGAGGGAGGCACAAGAUAUUUCAAGAAGUUGCCCCUGUAAGUAGAACCAGAGUGGAGGUCUCUGUGUUCUUGCUGGCCUGUCUAGAGCUACUUGGAUCCCCUCCUAAUGGAGGCCUGGCAGUAUGUCCCUGGAUGGCUGGCAGCUGCCUUCAUCAGUCUGUGUGCUUCCCCAGCAUAGACUUCCUCCCCACUGCCUUGAGCUAGCUUGAGUGGGUCUGUGCUUUUUAAAUUUGUCAAGAGCCAAUUGCCUUUGGCAAUUGAGCUGCUUCCUAAGAAGACUCACAUUGCUGGCUUCCCUCACAUUCUAUCCACCCAGCAUUCCUGGCUUAAAUUCCAGUUGAUUGACAUGAACGCCUGCCUAAAUGUGGUACUGUACUCCAUCCACUGAGGUGGGUGGAAACCUAUGCCUUUUAGUCUCUGGGUUUAACCCAUGAUCUUCUAUAUGACUGUAGUUCCUGUUUUGAACAGCAUUUGACUCAUACGAUGAGCUCAUUGUAGUUCAUUCUACCCUAUUUUAGAAGUGUAUUACUAUUUCCAGCAGACCCACUAGAUUAGGAGGUUGGUGACACCUCUAUUCCUGGUGUACUUGCGUUCUGUAGUUCACAUUACAUUGGUUUUGGUACUUACUUUCAAAAAUAGAAAUGAUAUCGUAGAACUUGAUCCUCAGUGCUACUUGCAUAUUUCUGAGAAUAGUAGUUGUGUCCUGCCCCAGUUUGUAUAGAGUUUUGGGCGUUCUUGUUCUUCCCCAGUCUGAGUCUGUUUUAUGGCACUCACUAUAAUCAGCCUUGCACUAGAGUUGUUGUGGACUUGCCUUUUCCUCCCCUUUUCUCAGCUUCCCCAAAACUAUUAGAUUGUGAGCUCUUAGAAGACAGGGUGGCCCUUCAUGUCCAAUCCCCUACCAAAUCUAGCAUAGUGCCUUGCACCUAGUAGAUUUCAAUAAAUAUAUGUUAAAUGGCA